ACUCCAUAUGAUGAAGUUACAAAUGAAGGUGACCUUGUUCAUUUGGCCUUUCUAGCUGAUGAUGAACCAGUGAAUGUGAUUGAAGCAUUGAAAAAUCCAAAAUGGACUAAUGCCAUGGAGGAAGAGCUGGAAGCCAUAGAGAAAAAUGGAACUUGGUCUUUAACUGAUUUACCACCAAAUAAGAAGGCUAUUGCUGUGAAGUGGGUGUACAAAAUCAAAAUGAGUCCUCAAGGUGAAAUAACAAGGCAUAAAGCCAGAUUAGUGGCAAAGGGUUUUCUUCAAAAGGAAGGCAUUGAUUAUGAUGAAGUGUAUGCACCAGUAGCAAGGAUUGAAACUGUUAGAUUAAUUGUUGGUAUUGCAAAUAUCAAUAAUUGGUCAAUACAUCAAAUGGAUGUAAAAUGUGCUUUCCUAAAUGGUCCCCUAAGUGAAGAAGUAUUUGUGAUGCAACCACCAGGAUUUGAAGUGAAGAAUCAGAUGACAAAAGUUUACAAGCUGCACAAAGCUCUAUGUGGGCUUAAGCAAGCACCAAGAGCAUGGAAUAAGAGAAUAGAUGGAUAUCUGAUUGACAUAGGAUUUGCAAAAUGUGUGACUGAGCAUGGUGUCUAUGUGAAGAGAGAUAUCAGAAGAGGUGUGCUAAUUCUGUGCUUGUAUGUGGAUGAUCUAUCGAUAACUGGAAGCAGUGAAAACUAUAUAA